AUGACGCUCCAUCAGUACGACUACCUCUUUGCCGUUGGCACCAUCUUUGCGUUCCUCGAUGCCUGGAACAUUGGAGCCAACGAUGUGGCCAACUCGUGGGCCUCAUCGGUCUCGUCCCGAUCCGUCAGCUACGUCCAGGCCAUGAUCGGUGCCAGUUUGAUGGAAUUCAGCGGCGCCCUCGGCGUGGGCGGCCGUGUCGCCGAUACCAUCCGAACCAAGGUCGUCGACGUCGGUGCCUUUGAGGAACGGCCCGCCCUCCUCAUGCUCGGCAUGGUCUGCGCCGUCAUCGCCUCCUCGUGCUACCUCACCGCCGCCACUCGGUUCGGUAUGCCCGUCUCGACCACGCACUCCAUUCUGGGCGGCGUCUUGGGCAUGGGCAUUGGCGCCCUUGGCAACACCGGCAUCACCUGGGUGGGCUACAACAAAGACGGCUCCGUCGACCUCAAGGGCGGUGUAGUCCAAGUCUUCCUCGCCUGGGUCAUCGCACCGGUUCUAUCUGGCUUGUUCGGCGCGGCCAUCUUCCUCAUCACCAAGUACGGGGUCUUGUUGCGAUCGAAUCCCGCCGUGAGAGGCCUCGUCCUCGUCCCCAUCUACUUUUGGAUCACGGCCUCGCUCAUCGUCAUGCUGCUGAUCUGGAAGGGUGGCGACUACGAAGUUAAACUGACGGACGCCCAGAUCCCCGGUGUCAUUGUGGCCACGGGCGCUGCCUGGGGUCUGCUGGUGUGCUUGUUCCUUGUGCCCUGGAUGUACCGGGUUGUCAUCAAGGAGGACUGGCAGCUGAAGUGGUGGCACAUUUUUCAGGGUCCCCUUCUUCUCCGAAGAGGCGAGGUCCCUCCGCCCCCGGAGAACUUCACCGGCGUUGUCCGCAACUUCUACGAGGGCCAUUUGACCCGGGAGGAACUCGAGGCUCGACGUGCCCGAGACGCUGCCACCACCGAAGAUGUCGAGGGUCAACACGAAAAGACGGCCGCCGCUUCCGACAUCUCCGCCCCAGAGGCUGCCGAACGGCCCGUCGCCUCUACUCACAAGUCUCUCAUCGGCCCCAAGCCCGACUCUGCUUGGUACUCUGGCGCCGGGCUAUGGUGGUGGUUCAAGUGGGUUCUGCUGCGCGGCAUCGACCAGGACAUUGUCAGUUCCCAGAGCGAGAAGUCUGUUAUUGCGGGUGAUGUCGAAGAGAUUCAUGCCCGAGCCCACCACUACGACAACAAGGCCGAGUUCCUUUACACUUUCCUGCAGGUCAUGACGGCGGCGGCCGCCUCCUUUACCCACGGCGCCAACGACGUCGCCAACGCGGUAGGUCCCUACGCCACCAUCUACCAGAUCUGGAACAGCGGCGUGAUACCCCAGAAGGCUCAGGUUGACCUGUGGAUUCUUGCUUUUGGCGGCGCUGGCAUCGUCGUUGGCCUCUGGACAUAUGGCUACCACAUUAUGCGCAACCUGGGCAAUCGCGUCACUCUAAUGUCCCCCUCUCGUGGGUUCUCUAUGGAACUGGGAUCCGUCAUUACCAUCAUCGUGGCUACCCGUCUUAAGCUGCCCGUUUCUACGACUCAGUGCAUCACUGGUGCCAUUGUUGGCGUUGGCCUCUGCAACGGUGACUGGCGCUCCAUCAACUGGCGGAUGGUUGCCUGGAUCUAUCUCGGAUGGAUCAUUACUGUACCUGCUACCGGCUUAAUCUCUGGUAUUUUGAUGGGUUUUAUUACCUUUUCCCCCCAUUGGUGA